CAAAGCCAUGCACAAUUCCCUCUGGAACACCACAACCAUCUCCUACAUGGGAUGUGCUGCACAGCUCUUUUUCUUUACCUUUUUUAUGUCAGCAGAGGUUUCCCUCCUCACCAUCAUGUGCUAUGACCGCUACGUUGCCAUCUGCAAACCCCUGCACUACGGGACCCUCCUGGGCAGCAGAGCUUGUGCCCACAUGGCAGCAGCUGCCUGGGGCACUGUGUUUCUCUAUUCCCUGCUGCACACAACCAAUACAUUUUCCCUGCCCCUGUGCCAGAGCAAUGCCCUGGGCCAGUUCUUCUGUGAAAUCCCACACGUCCUCAAGCUCUCCUGCUCACACUCCAAACUCAGGGAAGUUUGGCUUCUUGUGGUUAGUUGCUGCUUAGGGUUUGGUUGUUUCAUUUUCAUUGUGUUCUCCUAUGUGCAGAUCUUCAGGGCUGUGCUGAGGAUCCCCUCUCAGCAGGGACGGCACAAAGCCUUUUCCACGUGCCUCCCUCACUUGGCCGUGGUCUCCCUGUUCCUCAGCACUGGCAUGUUUUCCCACUUGAAGCCCCUCUCCAUCUCCUCCCAAUCCCUGGACCUGUCCCUGUCAGUUCUGUACUCGGUGGUUCCUCCAGCACUGAACCCCCUCAUCUACAGCCUGAGGAACCAGGAGCUCAAGGACUCUCUGAGGAAACUGAUGGCUGGAUUUAGAGGCAAUAAUAAAGUGUGUCAUUUCUUCUGCAGAGCAGGUAGAAGGUAA